UUCCUCUCACCAAUAACUCACCUUUUCUCUCUCUACAUUAUUUCUCUCUCUAGAAACCACUAUUAAAUCCCCCUUUCCCCACUAUAUAAAACCCUCGUUCUCCUUAUCUUACCCACCAUCCAGCAUCCCCCUUUCUCUCUCUAUAUAUUAUAUUUUUCUCUCUCUAAAUCUAUAGACUCCACCAAUUUCCUCCCACCCACUAUUUCCUUCUCCACCAACAAUUUUUAAGGCAACAAAUUUCUUUCUUCUAUCUACUCCUACACCUCGUCCAACUACCAUCUUUUUUCUCUCACUCUGGAAAUAUAUACACCAUAGGAACAUCCUCCCUCUGUUCUCAAACAGCAUUCAACUUUUUCAUUAUUUUCUCUCUCUAGAAACUCGACAUACAUCAACAACUUUGUUUCUUACUCAACUAUAAAACCUAAUCUCCCUCUCUCUCCACCUAUACAUAUAAUAGAGAUAUUGUUUAACCCCUUAUUUUCUUCUCUCUCUAGAAGAUCCCGGAGGGAUUUUUGUCUUUGUUUGAAACUGAAGCUCUCUCUCUCCACUUUUUUCUCUCUUAUAAUUUUAAAUGGAAGACAUUAACAAUGAAAACAACAAGAAGAAGCGAUCCCGAGCUGACUCGGAUCUGGAGUCUCCCGGGUCGGAGCGAAUUGACUCGGAUGAGUCAGGGUUCAACUCGCCCGAGGCCAAGCGGAUCCGAGAAGACCUGCUCGAUAUACUCGACGACUCGGAUACGGUCACGGAUCGUGACCCGGCGAUUCAAGACCUUGACUCGGUCAUCAAGAGCUUGGAAGAGGAGAUCAUGCACCAAUCUCCGCCGCCUCAGCCGGCGGUGGUUGUCGAUGACUCUGCCGCCGUGCCCCAGCCGGACCUCGGGUACCUCCUGGAGGCCUCCGACGAUGAACUGGGUUUGCCGCCGGCGAUCUCUCCGUCAGGCGAGCAGACGAAGAACGAGUCGAUGGAUGUGAGGCCUGUUUCGCCGGCUAGAGAAUAUGGGUUUGACGAGGUGAUGGUAAUGGAAGAUGAGAUACCGAGUUAUGACUCGUUCGAGUGGAGAAUCGUGGAUGAGACUCGGGAAGUGAACGAGUUUGUGACGUUGGGUGGGUUGUUUGAUUACCCUGAAUCGUUCGACUUUUCGGAGUUUCCGCAGCCGGAGUUGUCUACGCUCUAGAAAAUCAAUUAGAAAAAGUAAUUAGAAACAGUUGUAUGUAUAGGGUCCUUAAGAAUCAAAUCGUUAGGUUGUAAAUUUUGGACAAUGAAAACAGAUGACAAGAAGACAAGAAAAAUUACAUUGAAAUUCAUAUUUUCCUUGUGCUUUUAUUAUUAUUAUUUUUUUAUUUUCAGAUCAAGAAAUAUUAAGACACUUUUUUAAAUCCAAAA